AUGGCGACGCCUGACUUUGGUCGGCUACCCGAAUUCAGCGGCAGCUCCGGCUCCUGGAGAUCCUGGUAUGGGAGGCUACAGUUCUUCUUCGAGGCUAACGACAUUACGGACGCUUCCAAGAAACGUGCUCAUCUGCUAACGUUAUGCGGGGAACAGACUUACGACGUCGUCUGCGCCCUCGUUCAACCCAAGCAGCCCAACCAAGUGAGCUACGAUGACAUAGUCGAGAUGCUCAAGGCGCAUUUUGAUCCACAGCUGUCUGAGGUCUUCUGCAGGGCACGCUUCCAACGUCGUGACCAACGGCAUGACGAAACGGUCAGUGAUUACGUAACAGCGCUCAAGAAGCUAGCAGCAGAUUGCAAUUUUGGAACAAGCGUAGACGCUGCGGCGAAUCCAACAAUGCUGCCUCUUGAUGUAAUGCUGCGUGAUCGUUUCGUUUGCGGUCUUCGGAACGAGCAGGUCCAGCAACGGCUGUUCGCAGAAAAGGACUUGACAUUCAAGAGAGCCUUUGACAUUGCACUGCGAGCUGAAAACGCCGUCGAAGAUCAGAAAAACGUGAAAACGGAAUUCAAAGAGAUUCACUAUAGGGACUGA